CGUUCCCUCACGUUUACUUUCUGUGUAUCCGUAAAGUGACCCUCCCCAUCCUACCAUCUGCCUUCCUGUCGUACCCCUACCCAUCUCGCCAGGAAGUCCUACCCAUCCCACACACCUUCCUGUCUUUGGUCUGGUCCGUUUCUACACAUCCAACGACUUUCCCCCGGUACCUUUACAGAUACCCUACAUGGUACUUUUACAUGGGGCAAUGCACCUGCACAUGUCGUCGCUCCCGUCGUCCUCGUUGCGCCUGGCUUGUUCCUCCCCCUCUGCCUUAGCUCCCCCGUCCCCGUCUCCGUCUCCCAUCCCGGGUGCUGUCUCGAACCUUUAUUAAACGGCAUCCCGCGCCGCCUCCCUCUCUGUCUCGUCCCUUCUUGUUGUCCCUUCCACCCCUCAUACUCUUGUAUUUCCCUACAGAGUAACACCAGCUUUGUUACUCUCCCGUCGUCGACAAGGGCAAAGGUCACGACAAGCGCCAACGCGCCCUACUUCUUCAAUAAUCAGUCUCUAGCCUCUGUCCAGAGCUAUCGAGCUUACUCUUCAUCAUGUCCAAGGAGGAUGCCCAAGUCGGCGUGGUUCCGCCCACGUACGACUCCGAAAAGGGCGCUCGCCACACCGCCGGUGAUGGCCAUGUUCCCGAGAACUUCCGCGAGGAUGACUUCAUGACCCGCAAUGGCCUGAACCUCAAGAGUUUCCAGCGCCGUGACUGGGGAACCGGUGACACUGAGCUCGACCGCUCCAUGAAGCCUCGCCACUUGCAAAUGAUUGCCAUCGGUGGCUCCAUCGGUGCUGGUUUCUUCGUCGGUUCCGGUAGUGCCCUGACCAAGGGUGGCCCGGGCUCUGUCCUCAUCUGCUUCUUGAUCGCCGGUGUCAUGAUCUUCAACGUCGUCUACGCUCUCGGUGAACUCGCUGUCCUGUACCCUGUCUCUGGUGGUUUCUACACCUACUCUAUUCGCUUCCUUGAUCCUUCCUGGGGUUUCGCUAUGGGCUGGAAUUAUGUCUUCCAAUGGGUUAUCGUCUUACCACUCGAACUAACAGUCUGCUCGUUUACGAUACAAUAUUGGAAUAAAGAUAUAAGUGUCGCAGUAUGGAUCACCAUCUUCUGGCUCUUCAUCAUCUUCGUCAACGUUUUCGGAACCUUGGGCUUCGCCGAGGAAGAGUUCGUCUCCUCUGCGUUCAAGCUCUUUGCCACCGUCAUCUUCAUGGUCGUCGCCCUUAUUCUGAUCUGCGGCGGUGGCCCCGAGGGUGGAAAGUACGAUGAAUACUGGGGUGACCGUCUCUGGAGCGACCCUGGUGCGUUCCAGAACGGCUUCCGUGGCUUCUGCUCUGUCUUCGUUACCGCCGCUUUCGCCUUUUCCGGUACUGAGCUUGUCGGUCUCGCUGCUGCUGAGUCCGCGAACCCCGCCAAGUCCCUUCCUGGUGCCAUCAAGCAGGUGUUCUGGCGUAUUACCCUUUUCUACGUCUUGGGUCUUACCUUUGUCGGCCUUCUCGUCAGCUCUACCGAUGAGCGUCUCCUGAACUCCGCCAACCCCUACGCCGAUGGUGUCUCCCCCUUCGUCCUGGCCCCUCUUGAUGCCCACCUCUACGGAUACGACAGCUUCAUGAACGUUGUCAUUCUCGUCUCCGUUGUCUCUAUUGGUGUCUCUUGCGUCUACGGUGGUUCCCGUACCUUGACCGCCCUUGCCCAGCAGGGAUACGCUCCCAAGAUCUUCACCUACAUUGACCGAUCAGGCCGCCCCCUGCCUUCCGUCGUCCUCAACCUCGCUUUCGGUGGUCUGGCUUACGUCCGCAUGGCGUCUUCCGGAGGUGUCGUUUUUGACUGGCUCUUGUCGCUCUCUGGUCUUGCAGCCCUUUUCACCUGGGGCUCCAUCUGCGCCGCCCACAUUCGGUUCCGCUCUGCAUGGAAAGCUCAGGGCCACACCCUCGAUGAGCUUCCCUUCCAGGCCAUCGGUGGUGUUGCUGGCUCUUGGCUCGGCCUGCUCCUGAUUGCCAUCUCUCUGAUCGCCCAGCUUUUCGUCGCUAUCUGCCCACCUGGUGGCGGUUUCGCCACCGCUGAGGACUUCUUCAAGGCUUACCUUGCCCUGCCCGUCGUUCUCUUCUUCUGGGCUUGCGGAUACCUGUGGAAGCGCAAGGGAUUCUUGAAGCUUUCCGAGAUCGACCUCGACACUGGUCGCCGUGAGGUUGACUGGGAUGAGGUCAACGCCUACCGCGCGAAGGUUGCCGCCUGGCCCACGUGGAGACGGUGGGCAAGCACCAUCUUCUAAAAGCUUCGCUGUCUUUUAUAUACUUGCUGGAUUGUCUAGCACCAAAGGGGAGGAAGCAUCUGGGGAAGAUGUAAAUAGGAGACGUUAGCCCAAGAGCAGCUUUGGCUCUAGGCGUGUCUCACUAUCAUGAUACCUAUCUAUUUUCUGAACUUGUAAUCAGCAAUGAUGUCCCUAUCAUGGGCUUCAAUACAGGGUUUUAUUGAACCAUAUCUACUAUAGUGCCAUAUACGCGCCUGUGAUGAUUUAGUGUGUAGCAUUAAGCAUCAUGUGUGACUGUACUCAUACGCUUCUGCCGGGAGGACCUCGAUUCUGGGUUAGGUCCUCGUCAGGAAAUCGGCGAUGGUGCCAUUUUACCCCGCGUUUACUACAUCCAGACCAAAUCACCCAGAGGUGGAGGCUUCGGUCACCAAAUAAUAUGGUCUGCAUUCCGUUCCUUGCACGGAAACACGAUCUGAUUAUCAUCGCUCGAUCGGUCGUUGCAAGAAGGUUUUUGGAAGCGGGUUAGCGUGGGCUGGCUGAUGCCGGCCUCAACCCCCCCGGAGCAUGGAGGCUCCACAACGGCCCGAGGUGGACGACGCUAUCGACGGGUGGCUUGGAUUUGUCGCGUGCCGAAGUUCCGGAUAAGGUCCGAUAGAGGGAUGUUGAGUGGUUGAUUGCGGGCGUGAGGGGAUGGAAACUGGCUCUGUUCUGUAGACGCAUCAUUUCAAUCUUUAGUGUGAUAUUCUCCAGUUAUAGAUUCCGUGUAGAGCUUGCUAGUAGACAAAUGCGGAUCGGAGAAGUGAGGACGACGAUGCUCUCCACAGGCGAUGUCGGACAGGCAUGCCUGGC